GGUCAUUUUUUGUGGAUACUCGCUUCUUCAAGGAGAAGAUUUCCUCAGAUGAGUUUAGUAGAGAUAUGCUCAGUUAGUGAAAAUGUCUUUGCAAAAACUUUUGGUUUGUCAACUCACAGUGUUUCUGUCAGCAUUUACUGGAGCAUCUGAUGGAUAUUAUUUCGGUCGGAUUGCUAAAUGCCUCUUCACCUCCCCUGAUCGUGACAUUGUGGCGAUUGAUAACUAUAUCUUCAAUAAAGACGUGUUCAUACAGUUCAACAGCACUGUGGGGGAGUUUGUGGGGUACACUGAGCUUGGAGUAAAGAACGCAGAAGCAUGGAACAAAGAUCCGAACAGACUGGCGCAAGAGAGAGCUGAGGUGGACAGAGUCUGCAAAAAUAAUGUUAAAAAUGAUUACGAUAAUGUUCUUGUCAAAGCAGUGAAACCAAGGGUAAAGCUCAAUUCAUUGAAGCAGGCUGGUGGCAGACAUCCAGCUGUGUUGAUGUGCAGCGCAUAUGACUUCUAUCCCAAGCAAAUUAAAGUGUCCUGGCUGAGAGAUGGUAAACCCGUGACCUCUGAGGUGAUCUCUUCUGAGGAACUGGCUGAUGGGAACUGGUACUAUCAGAUCCACUCUCAUCUGGAGUAUACACCCAAAUCUGGAGAGAAGAUCUCAUGUAUGGUAGAGCACGGGAGCUUCAAACAGCCCAUGAUCUAUGAUUGGGACCCUUCUCUCCCGGAGUCUGAGAGGAAUAAGAUUGUUAUUGGUGCUUCUGGUCUGGUGUUGGGAAUCAUCAUAACAGCUGCUGGACUCAUUUACUACAAGAAGAAAUCAGCAGGGAGGAUAUUGGUACCACAUUAACCAUAAUCAGACAAACUAUCAGUUCAGCUCAAGUUUGACAGAAAGAAGACCUCCUUAAAUCACUGAUUCAUGCUUCAGAAGCAACUUUCUUUCACAGUUUUCUUAUUGUCAAGUUUUAACUACUGAAAUAAUCAUAAUGAAAUAUAGAAUGAAUGUUUGAUUUAAAUUUGUGCAUUAUAUUUAAUGUCAGUGACAAAGACAUGUGGAUUAUGGAGAUGUCAUGUAGAAAUUGUGUUUGAUUUAUAUUUAGUUCUGGUUAGUGUGGAAAGAAACAGAUUUGAUAAGAGAUGAUAUCAAACAUUUAUGAACAUUAAAGAAACAACCAAAAACAUUUAAGAGUUCACCCAAAGAUGUAAUUUACAUUUUUUUCUUUAAAAAGAUAGAUAGUUGUUUGUAAUUUGUUGGAUAAGAGAAAACGAAAUUCUAUUGCAUAAACAAAGGCUUUAUAAUGGUCAUCAUUUAUUAAUGGAGCUUUACUGCCCCCUAUGGGCUUAAUCUUGUUUUGUGUCAAAUGUAAUCUUUUAUUUUACUUAAGCAUAUAUACCCAAACAUGUGAUGUAAAUAAUGAUGCACAACAUCAUUUGGGAAAGUUGUUAAAUCUUUAUGUACAUUUUAGCUCUCAAUAAAUAUUUUAUAAUACUGGAA